AUGUUUUUAUUCAAAAGAAGACAAGAAGAUGAUACUUUAUUCUAUAACCCCUGGAUUGAAGACAUUACUAAAAAGAACCUAGCAGCCUAUAUUGCUCUUACUGCUGAAGUUGAGAUUUAA